ACGGACACACCUCCCGUUCCGCCUCGUUUCCGACACUUCGUGGUGAACGGCUCCGUCUGCAAUGCUCGGCGCUUUCAGGAGAAGGGCUUCGACGUGCAGCUGCUGGGAUUCGCUCGAUGCCAAAUGACGAAGGAGGGGGAGCUCGACGAGGACAGUUGCUACUUGGAUGGUGUGCGUGAGGGCUACCAGGUCCUCCUGCACUUGCUCAAGAUUCUGGAGGAGCAGACUCAGCAGAGCAGCGAGCCUGCCGAGUCCGAGCACAUCGAGCCGAAGAUCCAAGCAGAGCUGAGCCAGGUGUCGGCUUCUACCCCAGCCACGCUCCAGCAGACAGUGAAGGAGUCUGCGGAGCAGGAAGAGCUCUUGGAGGGUGGUGCUGAGCCUGAAGGCAGUGAGCUGGAGGAUGGCAGUGGCAGUUUGCAGCCGAUGGCCGCUGCCCAUCCGACUAGCCAGCAGAGACCUGGCUUCCUGACCAGGGCGGCCGCGAAGCCGGCCGACCGUCUGUUGCGAUGCUGGCAUCCACUUCUGUGGGCAGGUCCUUCCCCACUGCGCCGGUUCCACGCCGUGCUUCGACAGCGCUCGCAGUCAGACUUUGACGCAAAUGCCCUGGUGGAAGAUUCAGCGGAGGUGGCCGUGGUGCGGUCCGAGGAGAUUCGGCCAGCGGACAGUCCACAAGGACGCGAGGACGCAUGGUUUUCCUGGCUAGGCCGAAUCUCUGGUGCUCUCGUCAUCUGUUUCUCCCCGACGGCCGUUUUAUCACCGCUGCCUGGUGCCAGGUGCUCUCUAUGGCUGAGCGCAAAGCAUCCUUCGAUUUCAGCCUCAGCCAGGAAAACAGCUUCUACACAAGUGUGGGACUUGCUUACAUGUGAACUCGAGUGCUAG